AUGCGAAUGAGAGCUUCAAGUAUCUUCUUCCUUCUCUCAAUCCUGCGAGAGGUCACGACAUAUGCUGGAGUCUCCCAUGGUCUGCAGGAAAACCUCUACUUGCUGCGGUCACCCGUCAGCGGGAGGCCGCGAGCUUCGGCCCUCUGCUUGCAAAUCCGCGGCGGGAUGAAUGACAACUCACCCAACGACGACAAGCAUUCAGAGAGGGGAGGGAAAACCAAGUCGGGAAUACAAGAAAUGUCGCACGAGGAACUGAUGAAGAUACAGCUCAUUUCAAGGGUUCCUCAGAUGAAACUCGACGAGCUCAAAGAAGAGCUGAAGAGACGAGGGCUGGAGAUCAAAGGAAAGAAACAGGACCUUGUGGACAGACUGAAGGAGGCGAUCAGCAAUGACGUAGCCGUACAGGUACCGGUGAAAGUCAGCAGGGAAACUUUGGACAAGAGCUCUGCGGGCCGCAGGAUAGCGGGAGAGAGCAUGAGGGCUCCCAGGAGCCAGGCGGAGGCAGCGGCAGACCCUAUGGAAGAGAGGAGGAUGGAAGCACGAGUAGCGGAUCUUAGAGAGGACGUCUACCUCCCCUCCUCCCCUCCCCCGCCCGAAGUCUACUUGCAGGAACAGAGAGACUUCCGGGAGAACCUCCGCAGACAAGCCAUGGCGAGCCCGAGAGCCGAGUUCCAGCCCAGAAGCGAACACCUCUUGCGCCCCAGUGACGCCGACAUGCUCAGGCAAGCUGCCGACCGUCAGGACGGUUGGGUUUCUGUUCGCGACCUCGAGACAAAGCGGCAGGAGCAGGAAGCGAACCUGCCGCCGCAGCCUUUCGACCGGCAAGAGUCCCAUGGGUUCGGUACGCAGGCGCAGGGCCGACGGUGGGGGCCGGGGGAGGGCGGGCAGCAAGGCUACAAGGGUGCUCUGAGAUGCUCCUUCUGCAAUAAAGUAGGACACUCUGCUGCCCAGUGCUACUUCCGCAAGAACAGCUUCAGCCGAGACUCGAGCGAAAGGUCCUACUAUCGUCAUUCCAACUUUCAGGGUGCUUUUGGGAACAAGAAGAACGAGGAGGAGGUGGCGUCGUCAUCCUCCCCAGUCCCCAUCCUGACCUUUCCUCCCCUGCAGUCUUCGACAAUCCCGGAGUACGAUGAUCUGUCAGAAGAGAGCACGCCCUCGUCGCAAGGAGGGUACCAUGGCUUCGAGGAGGCAUUGGACGACUCGAUUCCGGAGCUCAUCGAUCUUGUUGACGACACGAAGAUUGAGCGGCAGAAAGUCAGCGAGGCGAUGAAAUGUCCUCAUGGGUUGUAUAAGACCAAUACAAUCAAUUACAGCAAACGAAGAGCAGACAGGGAGAGAGCGGCAGGGACUCUACUCCAACCGGAUGUCUACACCGAUGAGGAGUUGUACUCGGUCGGAUACACCAAGGAGAAGAUCGAGACGCUCCGACGACCUCCAUCAGAGCGACAUGUUCCGUACUUCGAAGAGCUGCUUGCUCCCGUGGAGUCUGCUCGGUCAGGGGAGGCGCAGGGGAAAGAGGGAACAAGGCAAGAGCUGGAGGAGGAAGCGGGUUGUGAAGGGCCAGUGGAACGAGACACCUUCAUAGCUGCCAUUGGAGGCUCCAUCACAUUCCGGUGA